CAAAAAUGAAAAUGGUUAACUUUUCUGUUUUUCUAUUUAUCUUUAUUUUUACUAUAAUUACUAUUUUUAACAGGAACGUUGAAGCAUGUGAACAAGUAUGUUUUUAUGGAGCUGGUGAUGGUCUAGGUUAUUGUGAUUAUUGGUGUCAAGCUGAUAGUGGAGGACAUAAUUCAGGUUCAGACUAUGCUUAUAAUUUUAAGGAUGCAUUAGGUCGUGGUUGCACUGUAGAAGGUUCAGCAGAAACUUCAGUUCACUGUCCGGGUAUGUCUAAUUGUAGAAGCCACUCAUGGUGGGCUGGUAGUGAUUGUCCAGAAAGUGCCUCCCACAAGUGAUCAAAUGUUUUUAUUUUUUUACAAAAUCAACCAUCCUAAUAAAACUUACUAUUUAACCCGUUGAUGCUUUUAUACCAAUCAAAAGAUCUAUAGAUUUCAUUUCCAUGCUCUUUCCAUACUCAGAUAUCUCAACAGAUCUGGAUGAUAAAAUCGAAUUGACGGUAGACUUCAUGCGAAGGAAAUUACCAGCUCUAUAUGUUCCUCAACGUAAUAUGUCAGAUGAUGAUUCUGAUGAUACUCAAGAAGAACGAAAAAAAAAAUUCAAGAAUAACAAAAGAAAAAGUGUUCAUCAAAAAUUCAACCAGUCCAAAAAACAUAAAAAUCAAGAACGUUCAAACAUUCAUCAUGGUUUGCCCUCCAUUAACGAUAAACCCUUCAACUAUAAACAGAUACAAGAACUAAAGUCAGCUGGCAAGUGUACUUCUUGCACACGUCAAUACUCAAAAGAACAUCGUUGUCAGGAAUAUAUCCAAGAUAAAGCUGCCAGAGAACUCCAUCAGAAAAAGAUGCGUAUUAUGAAGCUGGAAAAAGAAAAAAUAUCAAAAAAUAUAAAGAAACUGGAAGAUAAAGUCAAUGAACAUAUUGAUGUUAAUAUGGAAGACCUCUCCGUUCAUGACUCUGAAUAGAAUCAUAGGACUUUUGCCCUGGUUAACACUGGUAGUACUUUUAGCGCCUUAGAUAAAAACUUUGUUAUAAAAAAUAAUAUAAAUUAUUUAACAAUAAAUAAAGGUCAUAUAAACUUAGCAGAAAAAGAAA